AUGCCCCUCCUCGUCCUCACCAACGCCACCAGCCAUCAACCCCGCUCCACCACCGCCAUCCAAUCCGACCCGUCCCUCAAUAGCCAAUACACCAUCCGCGGCCUGAGUCGCGACCCUGCAAACCCACGAGCCCAGACCCUCGCCACCAGCACAGGAGUCGAGCUAGUCUACGCCGACGUCUCGGACCCGAUCUCUCUCCGCACGGCCUUCCAAGACGCAGACAUCGUCUUUGUCACAACUAUCACCAUCUACGAUGGACAUACUUACGACCAUGAAGUCGAACACGGCAAGGCCAUAGCCGACGCGGCGGUCGCGAUGGCCGUGCCGUAUCUGAUCUAUUCCACCUUGCCCAGUAUUAAGCGUUUGUCGGGUGGUGUGUUAUCUAGAGCGGGUCAGUGGGAUGGCAAGUGCGUGAUUGAGAAGUACAUUCGCACAUUACCGAUCAAGGCAGCGUUUAUCAGUCCGGGGUCAUUUAUGGAGAACUUUCAUGCGUCGUUGACGCCGAGACGGGUUGUCCAUCGUCAAGGUGAUCGGGCUGAUGAUGGCGUGAAGGAAGAGGAGUAUGCGUUAACAUGCUUUGUAUCACCGACGACCACGCUCCCUCUGAUAGCAGUGGAGUCUGACUUCGGGAAGUGGGUGGCUGCGAUGAUCGCUGAUUUCGAGCGCUUCGAGGACCGCGUGAUUUGUGCGGCCACGAGGAUGUAUUCGCUCGACGAGAUUGUGAGCAUCAUGAGUUCGGUGUCGGGAAAGAGGGUGGUGUAUAAUCAGGUAGGGAAGGAGGCCUGGGGUGAGCUUUUGCCCCGGGAGAGGAGGCCGUAUAUGCUGGAUAUGAUGCAGUGGUUUCAGGAUCAUGGCUAUUUCGGGAAGGGCACGGAGGAGAAGGUGAGAGCUGGCAGGGAGGAGGCGAGGGGCGAGGUUAUUGAGUUGGAGGAGUAUUUGAGAAGGAAUCCGUUGGUGCUGCGUUAA